CGAAUAGUAAUCACUGGUAUUGCAUCUAAUUAUUCAUUGGUAGAGUGCCGACUGCAGAGUGGUGACCAGUGAAUUAUAAGCUCUUAUUUUUACAUCUAAAAAUAAAAGUAGUGCUCGAAAUUAAUACCUAGAAUUGUUUAUUCUCAUUAAUAUCAAUACAUUACACGAAUAGACAUGCGGAUAAAAGGCCUUACUCCCAUUAUGCUCGGUGAGUUGGAGAACCAGAAAAUAAAUAACACGACAUUGGUCGUCGACGGUCAAAGUAUAUUCUUCAAAAUGUACCAAGACUCGAUGCUCCCGUACGCUUUCGGCAGCGAAAGUGACCAAUUCGCAGGCUAUAUUAAGAGAUAUCUCGACAGAUUUAAGAAAGCCAACCUGGAUUGCCACUUUGUAUUUAAAGGAGGGCACGUGGAUAAAGAGAAGCUUGAUAUUCAUUUCGACGCUAAAAACCGGCUACACGGACGUAAUUACAUUCCUGGCGUAGUUUAUGAUGACAUAGUCAAGCCGAUAUUUGUAAAAGAGAUAUGGUUUCAAAUAUUAAACGAAAUGGGGUUCAAAUAUUACUUUGUUAAUGACAAUGAUGAUUAUAUCACGGAAUGCAUUACAUCGGCUCUGAAGCUCUCAUGCCCUCUCCUGGGCAACAAUAUGCAGUACUUUUUCUCACAAGUACAGUAUAUUCCGGAACGUGGAACUGUGAUAGAUGAAAAAAACAACCUACUAUGCGGCAUAUAUAAGCUGUCCAGGUUUUUGGAAAAAUAUAGCAUGACAGAAGAAAAAAUUAUUUUAUUUAUUAUGCUAACAGAUAAACACAUAUUCGGGGAAAAUGUUUUCGAAGCUUUUUUUCGAUCUAACAGAAUGAUAUCUCGGUACAACAAUAUAAUUCAUAGAAACUUAAUGAAGUGGAUUGCACAAAAAAGUACAGAACAAGCCUUAAAGGAGGUAUUUAAAUAUCUAUGCGAAUCUGAUAAAAAAAAGUUUAUUGAAAAGAGGACUGAACUAGAGAAUUUGAUGAUAGAAAGGAAAAAUACGGAUACCAAAAUGGCCCUCCAUGUGACGAGUAAGUUAAUGGAAUGUAAAUUCACACAAUCAGACCCUGACUGGUUUGAAAAAGGUGUAUUCUCAAAGUACAUCCCUUUACCUUACGUUAAUCUGUACAAGUAUAAAAUUAUUAAAGCUUCUAAUUAUAUAGAAGACUAUGAACAAGAAAACUCAAUAAUGCUUUCGGUAGAUAUCGUGAAAUAUGCUUUCGAUUUGCUCACGAACUUUGAAGGUGGUGAAAUAACUGUGCAGCACAAAAAAAGCGAUGCAAGUGACAAAACUUACCAAAGUUUUACAUACAGCUCCUCUAUUCAAAAACCAGAUUACGAAGCCAAGUUAAGCGUUUUCGAAAAUGGCUGGGACAGUAUAAAAGAACUGAACCUUUUUGAUCAUUUCAUUAUUGAAUCAUUGCAAACGUUCGACUUCACUCGUUUAAACAGGGCACCGGCAGACUCCAAGCUUCUUCUCAUCGCGCUAGUGUACUUUUCACGAAAAAAGCCAGAUGUGGAACUGGAAAUAUACAGUAUAUUGUUAUCUUAUGUUAUGCUGGGCGUCGUUAAAGAGAAGCUGAGCGAAGAUGUUGACAAAGCAAAUUACAAUGUUGAAAGCAAGUCCGAGAAACCGUUCCUUGACUCCUUUACUGAUAAAGAAUUAGUUAAUGCAAGAGAUUGUGAUAUUGCUUGGUCUCUAAUGAGUAAAUAUUUCAACAUAAGAGAGGAUGAAUUGUGUUACAUGUUUCAAAGAAAAACCCUUCAUCCGUUGGUUGAAUUCCAACGUUGCUUGGAAGAGCUGAACUUUUUGAACCAAUUGUGCGGAUCACCGUUUGAUAAGACGGUUUAUAGUAAAACCUAUAACGGCACGUUCGUUUACAAGCUACUUUACUCCAUGAAGGAAAACGAGUGUCAGGAUGGUCUACAAUUUAUCAAGAACAAGUUGAGCCCAGCGCCAACAGUUCUAGCAUUUCUAUCAGGAAUACUUGGGAUUUACGAAUCCAUUUUAUUUGAAUACUAAUUGCAUAUUUUGCUAAAUUGAUCAAAGCUGUAUCACUGUUUUUUGUUUUUAAACUUUAUAACUUAUUUUUUCACGUAUAUUAAUACGUAAGCAAAAAAUGUUCAUACUUCUUACACUUAAUUCGUGGAUCUUAAAACAAUGCUACACUUUACUACAAAUUAGCUGGUGAAAAUGAAAGCAAUUUCAUUUAGCAACUGUCAGUCUAAGAGGCAAUAAUAUAGGUAUUUAAAUAAUGCAUUUUUCAUAUUCACGUACCAAGGACAUGUACUUAUUACUUCUAUGCUGUUCUCAGUGGCGUAAAUCAUCCGAAUGUAUGUUUACAUUUUUAUUUAAUACUAAAACGCAAACUAUUUUAUUGAUGUUCUUGCAACUAACUUAGAUGUUAAGUAAUUCUUAGAUAUUUAAGUGUACAACUAUUACUUUACUAAAGAACUUAUAUUUUAAUGUCGUUUAUUCUAAUGAAUCUGAUAUAUUGUGUGAACCAAGUUUAUUCACAUAUUU